UGGAGAGGGUCACCAUCUGCGACACAAGAGUUGACAAUGGAUUCCAGUACCUACAAGCUCUAUCACAAAGACUGCUUUGAUUCCAGAGAACAUCUGGAUGCUUACUUCUCAGAUAAAGAUGACAUGGUCUUUGGGGAGGAUUCCUUGUUAUUUCCCACAGAACAUCUUAGAAAAACUUUUGCAUUGGGUCAUAUUAAAGGAGAGAUCUUGAUUGACCUCAGCAUUGGUUCUAUACCUCAUCAUCUGUAUUCAGCCUGUGAGUUUUUCAAAGACAUCAUAGUGCUCAAGGCCAGUGACCGAUGCAUCAUGGAGCUGAAAAGAUGGGUGAACGCACAUACAGGAGCAUUUGAUUGGAGCCAUGCAGCAAAACUUCAUGUAGACACAGAAGGAAACAGUGAUGAAUUACAGGAGAAGAAUGAAAAAUUGAAAUCAGCAAUUCAUCAAAUAGUAAAAUGUGACCUUGAGAAGCCAAAUAUCACAGGUCUGAUAGUCUUACCACCAGCAGAUUGUGUCAUCAGCGCUUGGCUCCUGGAUGCUGUCUGCAAAGAGCAAGAAGAUUACAUCAGAUGUCUCUCGAAGUUCUCAGGUUUACUAAAACCUGGAGGAUACCUCAUAUUAAUUGGGAUUUUAGAUGCAACAUUUUUCAAACUUAAGGAAGACAUGUUCCAUAUAUUCAACUAUAAUGAGAGGUUUGCCAGGGAGGCUGUAGAGGGGGCAGGCUUUGUUAUUGAUUGUUGUCAGGUUAAGGAAAGAACAGCUGUUAGUGACCUUACUGACUAUAAGGGCAUAAUAUUCAUUGUAGCUCACAAGGGGCUGUAGAGCUGAGUAGAAACUUACGAUUUAAAGGGAACCUGUCACCGGGAUU